GAAAAAGUUAAUCAACAACAUUAUCUUGUUGUUAGAAACCAGUUCUCCAUUUAAGGGUCGUUAUAAAUUGUUGAUCAUUUUGAUUAUUCAGUUUAUUUGUUUCUUGCAAUUAAGUGAAUUUAUUUAGUCUCAUCUCAUUUUUGAUCAUCAUGUCAACUGUUGGUAAAUCAAUUGAUUGUCGAGCUGCUGUUCUAUGGGCACCAAAGGGACCGUUGACUGUUGAGAAGGUCACAGUUCGGCCUCCGGUUGGACUUGAGGUUCGAGUUAAAAUGAUCGCCAGUGGUGUUUGCCAUUCGGAUCUAAUUGAUUAUUCAGAAUCAGGAAUGGCCUUGGGUGAGUCAAUGUUCCCUUAUAUUCCUGGACACGAAGGAGCGGGAAUAGUUGAAUCGAUCGGUGAAAACGUGACCAAUGUCGCGAUUGGUGACAAAGUGUUAACCAUGUUUUUCGGUAAAUGUGGUAAAUGUCCAGAUUGUGACAAAGGAAUCGCCAAUUAUUGUGGACUGAGUUUAGCUAAUGCUCAGGCCAAUGUUAUUACGAGAUAUGAAAUACCUUUCAAAGUCAAAGAUACUCCUUGUUUUCGCUUUGUUGGAACCAGUACUUUCUCAGAGUACACUUUGGUUGAACAAGAUCGAUUGGUUAAAAUUGACCAGGAAGAUGUUGAUCUACGAAAAAUUUGUCUAAUUGCUUGCGGAAUACCAACUGGUUAUGGAUCAGCGACAAACAUUUCACGAGUUACCAAAGGUUCAAGUGUCGCAAUCUGGGGAUUAGGGACACUUGGAUUAGCGGCAGGUCUUGGUGCUAAGCAUCGUGAAGCAUCAAAGGUCAUUGGAAUUGAUCUGAAUUCGAAUAAAUUUCCAAUCGCUAGAAAAUUUGGUUUCACACAUUUUAUUAAUCCAAAGGAACUUGAAUCUGACAAGACAACUGUUGGUGCGAUUAAGGAUCUAACCGGUGGACUUGGUGUCGAUCACACUGUUUGUUGCGUCGGUGCUACAGUCGCAAUGCAAGAAGCCGUCGAUUCGUUGGCACUUAAAAGUACAUCAAGAGCUGCGUUAGUUGGACUUCCCGCUCCUGGGGCCACGAUUCCCCUAACCUUAUCCAAUGUUUUCUGUGGUAUCACAGUUACCGGUGGACUUUAUGGAAACUUCAAACACGAACAGAUCAAAGAUCUAAUCGACUUAGCCCGAAGCGGUAAAAUCGAUCUAGACCAAUUCAUCACAUCCAAUCGACCCUUGGACGAAAUCAAGGAAGCAUUCGAUGAUUUAACUGCUUCUAAAGUUUUGAGAACUGUAAUCAUCUUGGAUAAAAAUUACUCACCAUGAAAACUAAUCAACUUAAAUCAUUCCCCAUGAUCUUAAUUAUCAAAAAAAAUGGUUUUAUCAAUUGAAUGUAUCAUCCUCGUGAAUCAAUCUCUUAUUACUAACACAAUCUUUCUAAAAUAAAAUUUAAAAGAAACAUUUCUAAUUUCUCAUUUAA